GAUAUUCUGAGAACAAUGGGGAACAUACUGUUUUUAAGAGAAAGAAAAACGUUCUCCAAGUGGAUUACUGUUAUUUUGGCGAAGCCAAAAAAGUAAUUGAAAUUUAAGUCAGGAGUUAUGGAAGUCAUUUUGGGUAUCAACUUUUGUUUUGGAUAUUCAUAAUUUUUCGCAAUGAAAUAUUCCUUUUCCUCUUGUUAUUUACAAGGAUCUGCUUUCGAUCUAUAAUUAAACACUGUCUGCAAUAGCAGCGACAAGCUCAACAAAAGAGUUAGGAUAUCAAUACUUUGUUUUGUCUUUCCAGAACUGCGCAAUCAAAGCAUUUGUCACAACAAACAGAGCACCCGUGCUCAUGCCUCGUUUUGGAUGAGACGGUGUAAACAAGUACUGCGACUUUCACUGCGAAAAGCUAAAGCCAUCACCUUUGCCAAGAAAAGAUUAUUUCCAGAUGGCUCAGAUUACGUCUAUAGAUGGAAAUUAGACACGGCCUAUAAUAGCAGAUUGUUUCAUACAAUUGGCCAUCUUCAUGACGAUGACCAACGAACAUGGAGAGGAACCAAGUAAUUUGGGCAGGCCAAAGCGAAGAUGAAGCCUAUGAUGGGGACGAACCGUUGCACGCACCAGUAAAAUGUGUUGUUAUCGGUGAUACAGCUGUAGGCAAAACGCGCUUAAUCUGUUCACAUGUUUAUGGUCAUGAAGGAAUACCUUUGGAACUGAUCAAUAGUAAGCCCCAUUUGCCUACAGUUUUUGCUAUUGAUCAGUACAUGUCGGAACCGAUUGUUCGCGAGAGAGCUCGGUACAUAAUUGAUGGCGUCCAAGUCUGCUUGCGAAUUUGGGAUACGUUCGGUGAUCAUGAUAAGAACAGAAAAUUUGCCUAUCAACAUGCCCAUGUUGUCGUCAUGUGUUAUUCAAUCGGCAUGCCAGCCUCACUGAGAAACAUUAACGCAAAAUGGUUCACAGAAAUUCGCAAAUUCUGCCCAAGAGUUCCGAUUAUUUUGGUAGGCACCCAGCUUGAUCGAAGAUACAUUGCAUCGAACAGGUUCAGAACGGUAGGCCAUGCCCGACUGCGCUCAUACCUUGCUGGACAUCACGAGCCAACUAUAACUCAACAUCAGCUAGUACCGCCGGAGAUUGGAAGACAAACAGCACGUGAAAUCGGUGCUUAUGGCUACUACGAAACAAGUAUCGUUACAAAGUUCGGGGUCGAUGAUGUUUUCUUAAACGCGAUCAGAGCUGCUUUGGUUGCCAGACGAAAAUCGAGGCCAGUGUUGUCAUCGUACUUAAAAAGAGUUCAAAGACCAAUAUUACAGGAGCCAUAUCUCCCUCCAAAGAACCAACAGCCAGUUGCUCAUGUGCCUAAUUCAAAACAUUCGGAGGAACAAGCAUCUUUUUAUGGCGACAGAGAAUUGGCAGAUGUAAUAUUUCUGGCUGGCAGCAAACAAAUUUAUGGACAUUUGCUCAUACUGGUAGCCUCUAGCCCCGUCUUUGCUGCUUUGUUUCUGAACAAAUCACUUUUGCAUUCAUUUCGUGAUGUAGAAGAUGUGUCUUUUCUCCAAUCAAACACUUGCAAGAACAACAUUGUCUUUGAAGAUGGGCUCAUAAAUGGUGUAUCAUGCUUGCUACCAAGGGGAUUCAUAUCAGUUGAUACCAUUAAAGAUGGAUCAUUUGGAAGCUGUAAAGUUGUUGUUAAGAUUUCAAAUGUGCUGGCUGCCUCUUUUGAAAAAGUUUUGGAAUUCCUUUACACAGGCUCUGUUAAAGAGCCUGGCAGCCUUUGUGACUUGAUUGCUGUGGCCUCUCUUAUCCAGGUCCCAGCCUUAAUGGAAUAUGCUAACAAUUUGCUAAUAAAAGCAGAAUUCCAAAACUCAGAAGUUAUUAGGCAAUUCAAAAUACAUUUUGCCACUGAGAUUUACAGAUUGUUCUAUAACAAGAGCCUUUUCUCAGAUGUGACAUUCAUCAUUGAAGGGACUGCAAUUCCAGCUCACAAAGCAGCCCUGAUACCACACUGUCAAGUUAUGGCAGGGAUGUUUCGCAAUGGUCAUUUCCGUGAAAGUGGCACAGAAAAUGUAGAUUUCAAUGAUACAAAUGUGGAGAGCUUUCUUGGUGUUCUUGAAUACAUUUACACAGGAAACUGCUCAGCAGUGCAUAUGUGUGAUGCUUUUGGAAUCUUAAAGCUGGCAAAUUUUCUGUGCUUGCCCAGACUGGUUGCAAUUUGUGAGCAAUUCAUUAUUAAAGAUACUGAGGCAUCUGUUGAAUGCAAUGGGGAAGCAGUCAUGGAGAAUAUAUUUGAUAUCCUGGGUAUCAGCCAGCUGCAUAAUGCAAGACAGCUUGAAGCUUGGUGUUUAUUUUAUAUGACAACAAAUUAUAACAAGCUUUGUGAAAAGCAUGCCCAUAAGCUGAAGCAAAUGAAUGUUGUAGCAUUGAAAUAUAUAGAAGAACAUCGCUGGCCUCCUGUCUGGUAUCUUAAAGAGCAAGAUGCCUAUAUCAAAGCAUGUAAAGAGCUUGAGAAUGAAAAAGAAAAGAAAAUGAAGUCACGAAGAAAGCGCAAGUGUAAGUCAUGCUUUUAAAGAAACCCAUUAUUUGUCUAUUUUUCCAUACAAACAGUGAAUUUUUUACUCUUAUAUUUCAAAAAAAUAUUUCUUUUGUCUUAGUCCAUUUAUAUAUCAAUACUGUAAUGUAAUGUAAAAUGUAGAAAUUGCUGAUAGAUAUUUAUAUCAGCCCAUACAUAAUUUAGAUGAUAUACUUAAUUGUCUGUAUGAUGUUAUUGCUGCCUCCCCUAACUAUCCAAACCCAGACUGCUGUAAUUACUUUGCAGUAAUGAAAAGACCUACAGAAGCCUGUCGUUUUUGUUUUCAAAUAGGUAUAAGGCAGCUGAAUUGACCAGCUUAGCAGGUGCUGAAUGCAGCUUAAAAUCAUCAAUUUAUCUUUUUUUUGGUAAAGCCCUUUGAGCAAAUAUUUAAUGAGUUUGAAAACAGGAUGUCAGUGUAAGACAAUGGCAGCUACUUCAAAUAAUUGCUUUGUUUUUUAUUUUUACUUGGUUCAGAAUUCCGUUUUUAUUUUUAACAUGUUUUAAGUUAUUGAUUAUUAAUAAAAUAAAACACUUGACAAAAAUGCCUAUUAAGCUAUAGCAUAUAUUAAUAUAUUCAGUAAAUUAUAAGUCAGUUUAUUUCUAUGCUUUUCUUUCAAAGAAAAAAAAUAACAUUUUUUGAAAAUAUAUUUGUAUUGCUCUUUAUUUUCAAGUUAGUUUAUUCAUGCAUACACAGGUUAUGAAAAAGCAUUUCUCAUACAUUUAGUAAACAGUAAAAUAUUGCUUGAUGUUGUAGUGAGUAGUUCUCUUAUUUAGAUAUUUGUAUAUUAUUGGUAUACAGGGCUAAAAAAGUAGGCAUACAGGCAUACAAUAAUACCCAAAAAUGAAGCUAUCAUAUACAAAAAUACAGCAGCAAGUGAGACCUUGUAUGGUAAAACUGCCAAAAGAAGAAAGCAAAAAUACAACUAAAUUAUAGAAACCCAAGAAAUACCCAAUUACCUGGAGAUAUGGUCACAUUAGCACAGGCUCUUCCCCAUCCAAUCACUGUCAUUUGCUCUUGGCUCAUCAUGCCAUAUCAAACCUAUCCAAUUUUUUCCAUAUCUUUCUUUAGUCAUAUCAAACCAAAUUUUGAACAUAUUUAACUGAUUUUGCAUAUUGAGAGGUAUUUUCUGCUACUUUUUCAGAUUAUUUCCUCAAAAUUAAGAGAUUCUAAACAUUGAAUUUUGAUGAUAUCACACUUCGGUAGUCUUUGGUUUUAAAUUUUCUCAUGUGAUACUUGUAUGCACCUAUGCAGUUUUUGGGAGGUGUACGAUAUUGUACCUCUUCCACAAAAGUUUUUUAAGCCCUGAUUUAGUAAUUUCAAAUAUAACUUUAGAAAGUAAAUUAAUUGCAUUCAUUAGAAUUUCGUUUAUCGUGUAACUAUCAAAUAAGCUAUUUUUGUCAGAUUUGUUUGUUUGUUAACUUCUAAAGUUGCUACGUAUUUGUCUUACCCAAUGAGUCAUUGUGAAGUUAGAAGCUUACUUAGUGUUAGUGUGUUAUCAAAUCCAUAAUCCUGUAGUA